AUGCGACACCGGGCGCGCGACCGCCCGGCAGAAGGCAGUGACGGACCCGCCGUGGUCACACCGCACCCGUUGGGUACGGAGCUGUCGAAUCGGACCGAGGCGCCGGAGGCGAGGUUGACGAAUGGCGAGCUCGUGUCGGACGAGGCGGAGCGGAGGCCCAGGGCGCUGCCGCGCCUGUCGAGUGACGUCACUGCGGCGACCGCGAGCGGCGCAGACUCCACCGACGUGCAGGAGGAAUUUGACGAGGAGGAUGAGCGGCUGCUGUCGCAGGAGUUCAGUCAAGAGGUUCCCGAGGCGCUUGGACUGGCGUCGCCGCAACAGCACAGCAUUCCCUACUACCUGCAGAACUUCCUCUUCAUUCUGGAGUCGGUGCAGGGCGACCCGCUGAACAGACCGCUGAUCAACGCCGAUGACACGGACGUCAUCUGCCGCUUCAACGGGCUGCCGCUGCCGGCGCAGAUGCUGUACGUGCGCCUGUUCCAGCGCAAGCACGGCUGGCUACGCUCCGACCGGCUGCGCUACGCGGAGCGACGCGCGCGCGCCCUGCUUGGCUCGUGCGUGCGCCUGGCGGCCGGGCCGCGGCGCGUGCUGCUGCGCGUGCUCAGUCUGUUCUCAGUGCCGCUGUACGAGGAAGACGAGGACACGAGCCAGCAGCUGCUCACGCUGCUCAUGGUCAACCUGGGGCGCAUGGUGUAUCCGGCCGUCACCGUACGCAAGAGCACGGCUAUCUUCGGCACGCGCGACGACCUGCUGCGCUACGAGACGGCGAGCCGGCUGGAGCGUGAUGUGCGUGCUGCCAUGGCCGCCAAGCAGUGGGAGGAGGCGUACCAGGGCUACCUAGCCUCGCGUGACAUGUGCGUUGAGCUCUCGCGCGACGCCGCCAUCGAGCGCUUCGACGCCGCGCUCCCGCCGUUCCUGCGCAAGUUCACGGCCGUCUCCAUCCUGAUGUACGUCUGGACCAAGGGCGUGGAGCUGCUGCAGCGGCGCAAGGACUACGAGGGCGCCGUACGCCUGCUGCGCGCCCUGCUUGCGCAGCGCACCUACCUGCCCGACUACCGCGGCUUGUGGCACGACCGGCUGGCGCUGAACCUGCAGCAGCACCUGCGGAGGCCUGACGAGGCGCUGGCGGCGCCGGCCGAUCUGCCCAGCGUGGAGGUGGAGGCGCGCUGCCUGCCGCGGGACGUGCCCGGCCUGAAGAUGGUGUUCCUGCGGCCGGAGGGGGGCGGCGAAGCCAGCGACGUCACCGUGUGCUCGGUGGAGGAGCUGGCGCUGCAUCACUACGCCUCGCGCGGCUACGACGAGGGUGUACACCGCGAGGCGGCGCCCACCACCACGCUGUUUGCGCUGCUCUUCUGGGACUUGCUGUACGAGGUGGACGUGGCGGACAGCUUCCGCAGCCCGUACCAGUCACUGCCGCUGGACCUGAACUCGCCGGCGUUCUACGAGCGGCGCCGGACGGGCGUCGAGGCACGCCUGGCCGAGCUGGCGGCCGGCUCCGCCGACGACGCCUGCGACCGCCUGCGGGCCGCCUGGCAGGCGCACGAGGGCUGUGUGUCGCUGGCCGCCUGGGAUGUGUUCCGCGACUGCGAUCACGCAGAGGGUCUGCUCCGCUGCCUGGGCGUGCCACUCGUGUGCGCCAUCUGUCGCCGGCUCGCAACGGAGUACAGGUUCACGCGCAGCGGCUUCCCCGACCUGGUGCUCUGGAGCCCGGCCAAUGGCACGGCCCGCAUCGUCGAGGUCAAGGGCCCCGGCGACCAGCUCUCCACCAAGCAGAUGCUGCUGCAGUACCUGCUCGAGCACGGCGCCGCCGCCGAAGUGUGCUACGUGAGGGCGGUGGGCGCGCGCCGCGCCGCCGGAGCCAAGCGCAAACCGACGACGUCCGGCGGCCGGGCCGACCUGGUGACGCCGCGCGUGGUCCUCUGA